GGCGGCGCGACUCGCUGCUAAGAAACCCGGACGGAGUGAGACAUCCUUCGUAAGGACAAUCAAAGUCGCUGAGGGGAAAAUGUCUCCGUUUUCGAGGUCGCUGACUUUGUUUUGUGGGAGAAUAGCUGCAGUCCGAUGUCACUCGUCGCUGACAGCCGAGCUGAUUGAAAACAUGGAUAAGAAAGCAACCUGGGACCGCUUCUACACCGAGAGCAGCAGCAGCAGCCGGACGGCAACCUUCAAAAACUUUGAGUGGUUCUUCGGCUUCGACGCCGUGAGGGACUUCAUCAUGCCCCUCUUGCGGACCGAGCCCCACCCAGAUGGUGUUCUGCGAGUCCUGGACGUGGGCUGUGGCACCUCCGCUUUAGGGCCCUCCAUAUACAGACACUCUCCUCUCCCGGUCCAGGUCACUUGUGCGGACAUUUCCCCCAUAGCUGUGCGACUAAUGCAGGAACAAAUCCAAGCCAAGGACAUACAACCUCACAACCGCUCCUCUCGGCUGGAGUUUGUAGAGCUGGACUGCACGCUGCUCCACGAGCACUACGGCAGCCGCAGUGUGGACCUCAUAGUCGAUAAGGGCACCACAGACGCCUUGUUGAGGUCCAAGGAAGGCCGGCGGAAGGCCGGCCUGAUGCUGACGCAGUGUUUGAAGGCGCUGCGGAGCUCCGGAUCUCUGCUCCAGUUUUCUGAUGAAGACCCCGAUGUCCGGCUGCUGUGGCUGGAGACCGAGGCGCGGGAGUCGGGGGUGAUGGCAGCGGAUGUUGGGGUGCAGGAGGUUGGGGAGCUACGGGGAAUGUCUUAUUACUGCUACAAUGUCAAUCCUCGUCCUGUUGUAUAGCAACUUUCGUUUGAUGGGCUUUUUAGUGUGUCGGUGGUUUCGCCGGCGUGCCAGAUACUCUAUCCCUCCUCUUUCCCCACACUGCUCGUCUCUUUCCCCUGGUUGCUGCCAGCGUCACAUCUGUGCUUUCUAGCAUCUGCCUUGUUGGAUUUGUUUGCCUGUUUGUGCUGGCACUCUACUUAGACUCUGGGAAUACUUUGAAUAAACGCCUAAACUUCA